AUGAUGCGAUCCACGAUGCAACAAAGCGUAUUUCUGAGCGCUGCUCUGGCGCUCACGGCCCGCGCGGCGCAGCCUGGAGCUCUGGCGCCGGUCGCGGCGCCGCUACGAGACCUCAACUGGGGCCAGCUCAAUUUCCUCCAUACGACAGAUACACAUGGCUGGCUCGGCGGCCAUCUCUUAGAAGCACAAUAUUCGGCCGAUUGGGGCGACUACAUCUCUUUCUCAAAGCACCUUCGCAAGCAUGCUGACGAUAAAGGCGUCGAUCUGCUGCUCGUCGACACUGGCGAUCGGAUCGAAGGCAACGGCUUGUUUGAUGCAUCUACACCCAAGGGCCUCUUUCAGUACGACAUCUACCGCGAACAGGACGUCGACCUUCUCUGCAUCGGCAACCACGAGCUGUACCAAGCUUACUCGGCAGACCGAGAGCUAAAUACAACGGUACCGAACUAUAAAGAUAAAUAUAUCGCAUCCAACCUCGAUGUGAUCGACCCCAAAACCGGCGAGCAAGUGCCACUGGCCCAGCGCUACAAAAGGUUUACAACCAAGAACCAAGGCAUCGACAUUGUCGCCUUUGGCUUCCUCUUUGACUUUACCGGCAAUGCAAACAACUCGUUUGUGCAAAAGGUCGAAGAUACCGUCAAAGAGCAGUGGUUCCAGAAUGCCAUCAAGGAAAAUACAAACGCCUUUGUGGUUAUCGGCCAUGUUGGCUUGCGAAUGCCUGAAUUCAAGACGAUAUUUACAGCUAUCCGGAAGGAGAACUGGGACACGCCGAUCCUCUUCUUCGGUGGCCAUGCCCAUGUCCGCGAUACCCGAAACUUUGAUUCAAAAUCUUUUGCCAUGGCCUCGGGCCGGUAUUUUGAGACUAUCGGGUGGAUGUCUGCGGAUGGCAUCAAGACCAAUGAUAACACUGCCCAGAGCGACGUUGGCGUAGCGGUUUCGGGUCCGAAGUUCACGCGCAGAUACAUUGACAAUAACCUCUACGGCAUGCACUACCACAGUGGCACCAAUGUCUCGAGCUUCGACACCAAGCAGGGCAAGCGCGUCACCAACAUGAUUACCAGAGCUCGCAAAGCUCUGGACCUUGACCACCAAUUUGGAUGCGCGCCGAAAACUCUCUGGAUGUCGCGCGCCAAGUACCCUAGUGAGGAUAGUAUUUUCUCCUGGCUAGAGACGGAAGUGCUCCCUGACGUCGUUCAGCAUCCAAAGCGCCAAGACAAGGCGCGCCUGGCCAUCCUGAACACGGGCGGCAUCCGCUUCGACAUCUUCAAAGGACCAUUCACCAGGGAUAGCACAUACAUUGUGAGCCCUUUUGUUAGCAAGUUCAACUACAUCCCCGACGUGCCAUACAGUAUCGCCAAGAACAUCAUUACUCUGCUUAAUGGUGCGGAUAAAAUCUUUGCCGAGGCUGGGCGGGAGACAAAGUUCCUCACCAUCCCUCAGCAAAUGUUUACUGCUGAGCAAGAGGCAAAGUUGGACAUUGAUAUGGAAGCCCCCACUGAAGCUGCCGUGAAACCAGAUGAAAAGCCCGACGCGGAGUAUGAACGCCUUGAACUUCGCAGCGCUGGCAAUGGCGACGACGAUGUCGACCUUCCGUUGACAGAAGGCUACACAACCAUCGACGAUAUCGGAAAGGACGGCGAUGACACUGUUCACAAGGCCGUAGAGUUUAACAAUGUCCCCAACUGCAUCCAGUCCAAGAUUGGCUUCCCCGAAGACGGCAGCGAGCCCGAGACUGUGGACCUGGUCUUCCUCGACUUCGUCCAGCCGUGGAUCGUCAUUGCCCUCAAGUUCUCUGGUGGCACACAGGGCGCAGAGGACGUGCAAAAGUACAUUGAUGGUACUUUUACGUACAAGCUUUCCGAGUGGAUCAAGAAAAACUGGCAGGGCGACUGCUAA